AUGGGCAACCAGCCUGUUGUCUUCCUCGGAUCCAGGUCCGUUAUUUGCGAUCUGUUCGAAAAGCGGGGCCGCAUCUACAGUUCGCGCCCGCGGAUGGUGAUGGCGUCAGAGAUCAUGACCCACGGUGAUCACGUUGUCUUCAUGCCGUACGGUCCCCAGUGGCGCAAGCACCACCGCAUCCAAGGCGCUCUACUGAACCAGCAGGCAGUGCGGCAUUACCGCAAACUGCUCGAUUUGGAGAGUCUUUUCACUUUGCGCGACAUUCUUGCGAAGCCCGAUAAUAUCGAGAAAGCAUUCCGGCGAUACCCGGGGAGCUUGAUGAACACUCUGGCAUACGGAGAGCCGACCGUGAGCCAUUGUGACGCGCCGCAAUUGAAGCAGGUUGAGAACAUCGCGCGAGCUUUUGCGGACGCCGUUGGAGCAGGCCACUGGCUGGUCGACGCAUUUCCCAUCCUCAAGUGGUUUCCAAACUGCGUUGCUCCGUGGAAUCGUUAUGGAGAGCAGAUUCAUCAGCGGACUGUGCAGCUUUUCCGUGAGAAAACAACAGCUGCCGAGACUGCGCCUUCCUGGAACUGGGUGAAGCACGCAAAAGGAGAGUACAAAGAUGAGAUGUCUGACCAUGAAUUUCUCUACGUGAUCGGCGUCCUCUACCAAGCCGGUGUCCAUGUUACGGUUUCGACUUUACGCCACUUGCUGUUCAUAUGUUGUCGGUAUUCGGUAUCAGUAGCGACUGCACAGAGGGAACUCGACAGCGUCCUUGCACCGGACCAAUUACCAACAACGGAGGAUUUGAGAAGUUUGCCAUACGUGUCAGCGUUCAUCAAAGAGGUGCUGCGGUGGCGACCCUUGACACCAAUCGGCAUGCCUCAUGCCUCGACGGAAGAUGACAGCUACGGGGGAUACCACUUACCCCGCGGUACCGUAUUCAUUCCAAACCACUGGGCCCUGGAUAUAGACGAGUUAGGAGGAGAUUCCCAGGAUUUUAGGCCGGAGCGAUGGCUUCAAUGUGGUGCACCCAUGAUCAAUGCCUUUGGCUUUGGUCGUCGUGUUUGUCCUGGGCAGCACUUGGCUCAAGAUGCCGUUUCACUCCUCGUCUCCCGUUUGCUGUGGGCAUUCUCUUUUCAAUCUCCUGAUGAAUUAAGUUCAUGGGGUUUUGAGAUUGAUGCAUCCAUAUUGGUGCCUAAGCCGUUCCGUGCCAAUGUCACCAUUCGGGAUGAACGACGAAAAGAUACUAUUAAUCAUGGUUGGAGAGAUUCAGACAAAGACUUCAACAGUAUACUGGAGCAGAUCGGCCGGGAAAUGUCUUAA